UCAGUACUCGUGGCGGAGAUAGGAAUCAACCUCCCGGGUCGAGAAAUAUCGACGAACAAAGACUCCCAUCACCCUCACAACAAACAUAAUGGACAGAAAUGAUUCUGUCAGAAUCAGUCACCACUACAGGAUUUGCAUCUUCGGCCUUUCGGUCUAAUAUCCACAGUCCCGAAAUGGCGGGGCCCCCGGUUCCUUCGCGCGCCCGUCCUUGGCCAAACCUCACCUCACCUCAUCUCACUUCACCUCGACCUCACAUCAGGCCGGAGAGCGGCGGCACAGCGGCGGGCUUUGCAAAAGAGACGGCUGGCAUGAUGUGUGGGUAUCUUGGUGUUCCCAUGUUGGUAGUGAAGCAUUCAUGUACAUGUUCCCAUGGUAUGAAAUGUCUACCCUUGCGCGGAGCCGGCCACUAGAGGUCCAACAGGUACAUCACGAACGUCUGCGGCUCUGUAAGAUCCUUUGAUUUCGUCGAGUCUUC